AUGGCGAGCUUGAAUAGAAGAAUCCAAAAAGAAACUGAACGCUUGACAAAUGACCCAGUCAUCGGCAUUUCAGCUCACGCAGACCCUGCGAAUCCAAGAUAUUUCCACAUCCAAAUAGCAGGCCCUGUCUCUUCUCCCUACGAAGGAGGCAUUUUUGAGCUCGAGCUCUUCUUACCUGACGAAUACCCUAUGUGUCCUCCUAAAGUCCGCUUUUUGACCAAAAUCUAUCACCCCAACGUGGACAGGCUCGGAAGAAUUUGCUUAUCCCCCCUCCGUGGUUAGCAAAAAGAUUUUAUAUGAGGGAUUUUUUUUAAAAAAAAUUAAUUACAUUUUAUAGUAAAUUGUUUUUUCAAAAUUUAAAAAAAGCAAAGAAUAAUUCAAUUUAGAAUAUUUAUGCUUAAAAUACAAGCUGUUUAUUAUCAAACAGAAUUAGCUAGAGAUUUCAUUAUAAUAGUUAUCACUUAUAUAUAAACAUUUUUGUCUCACGGAGGGAGGUGUUUACCUGACAAAUAGGAUUUUCCAAUAGUUUUGUUCGCUCACAGAGGGAGUUAGACAUUCUAAAGGACAAAUGGUCCCCAGCACUCCAAAUAAGAUCAGUUCUACUGAGCAUCCAAGCCCUAAUGAGCUCUCCAAAUCCUGAUGACCCUUUAGAUCCCCAAAUUGCAAGACACUGGGUAGAAGAUGAAGCUGGAGCACUGAGAGUCGCAACAGACUGGUGCAGACAAUAUGCUCGCGGAUAA